AAAAGAUUUCUAGAUUUUUACGUCUCUCUAGUUCCAAAAUUUAAAUAUGAGAAAAGAUGCCCGGCAAGAAAAUUAAUACAUCCUUUGCUUAUAUAUAGAGUGUACUAUAGACACUCUUUCUGACAAACAACUCACAACCCAGCAAAAGAAAAUGAGAGAAACAGAGUACAAAGGCCAUGUCGUUUUGCUUCCAUAUCCAAGCCAAGGCCACAUUAACCCUCUUCUCCAAUUUGCUAAGCUUUUAGCUUCCAAAGGUCUUAAAGCCACAUUAGCCACAACCCAUUAUACCGUUAAGUCCAUAUGGGCUCCAACCGUCACCGUUGAACCCAUCUCCGAUGGCUUUGACGACGGUGGCUUUUCUCAGGCGAAAGACGGUGACUUAUUCCUUAACUCCUUUAAAGUCAAUGGCUCAAGAACUCUGUCUCAGCUAAUAGAAAAAUUCAAAUGCUCAAAUUUUCCAGUUAAUUGUAUUGUGUAUGAUUCUUUUCUGCCGUGGGCUCUUGACGUGGCCAGGCAACAUGGAAUCUAUGGAGCCUCAUUUUUCACUAAUUCAGCUUCUGUUUCCCACAUUUUCUGUCGUUUACACCAUGGCUUACUUACUCUGCCUCUGGAGCCAGAGAAUAUGCCUUUGGUGUUACCUGGAAUUCCUCCAUUGAACUACUGUGACUUGCCAACUUUUCUCAGGUAUCCUGACAGCUACCCUGCUUAUUUGGCUAUGAAAUUGAAUCAGUUUUCUGACUUGGACACGGCUGACUGGAUUUUUGCAAAUACAUUUGAAGACUUGGAAAGCAAGGAGGCAGGAGGCAUAUCCAAGCUUUGGCCCGCGAAAUUGAUAGGUCCGAUGGUUCCAUCUUUCUAUUUGGAUGGCCGGAUUGAAGGGGACAAAGGGUAUGGAGCAAGCCUCUGGAAACCACUUGGGGAAGAGUGCCUUAGAUGGCUAGAAACAAAGCAACCUCAAUCAGUAGUGUAUAUUUCUUUUGGUAGCAUGGUUUCAUUAACAGAGACGCAAAUGGAAGAAAUUGCAUUGGCCUUGCAGGAAAGCAACUUAGAUUUCUUGUGGGUUGUGAGGGAAUCGGAAAUGGGUAAACUUCCAAAUGGGUUCAUAGAGUCAGCCCAUGAGAAGGGUCUAAUAGUAACAUGGUGCAACCAACUUGAAAUGCUAGCAAACCAAGCCAUUGGUUGCUUUGUGACUCACUGUGGGUGGAAUUCCACUCUUGAAGCCUUGAGCUUAGGCGUUCCAAUGGUGGCCAUGCCGCAAUGGACCGAUCAGGUGCCUAACUCAAAGUUUGUGGAAGAUGUUUGGAAAAUAGGGGUUAAAGGGAAAGAAGAUGAUAAAGGAGUUGUUAGAAAACAAGAAGUGAUUAGAUGUUUGAAGGAAGUAUUGGAAGGAAAGAAAAGCCAAAAAAUCAAGAAAAAUGCAAGAAAAUGGAGAAAGGCAGCUAGAGAAGCAGUCGGUGAAGGCGGAAGCUCUGAUAAGCAUAUUAAUGAUUUUGUUCAAUGUUUGGCAUUUGCUAAUAGGAGAGGUCUAGAUUUGCACUAGUUAUCAAAUAGUUGAUCUUUUUACAUUUGGUACUUAAAGCUAGUUCUGUCAAUUGUAUCUGGUAUAAUUCCAUGCAAAUCAUAUUAUAAAUUCACAACAAAAAUAAUAAAAGAAUUAAAAAGAA